CCACCUGCAAAAAGAGAAAACACAAUCACACAGAUACAUACAUAUCCACACAACAACCUUAGGCGUGUAUGUAGCUACAGCGCACGCGUUGAGCGGGUAGGUGGGGUUGGCAUAUAGCCUACGCGUUUGACCUACGACCUCAGCCUAGACACGUGCGUUCCGGAGUCUCGACGAUUACUGGAGAGCUAGCUGGGAUCGGUAGCAGAGACCUGCAAACAGCCAGCCAGUAGGGAGGUGCAAAGAGUCAGACGCAGGAUAAAGAACUGAGCAUGGAUGACAUGUCCAAUCCAACAGCCGUGGGAGCCACAGCCAAUGCUGCCCCAGUACAAGCAGAUGGGGAGAAGAAAAAUGCCGCCGAGCCAGCUCGGAAGAAAGACAAGGGUGGGCCUGAGCUGCUGAGGAAGGAACGCCAGGGGAAAGAUGGUGUGAAGAAACGUCAUGGGAAAGAUGGCGAGAACGAACCAAUUGGGGUUGCAGGCCAACGUCAGAAGGGGCCAGCUGGAAAUAGCAGUCCAGAUGGAGCACGAGUCAAUCCAAUGAAGAUAGCAUGCGCCCAUGAAGGGAUG